AGUCCGCUCAAACCUGCCGAACUCCAAGUCCUGCGCGCCCAGUACGAGAAAGAAGGCGACUAUGUCGGCAUUCAGACCAAAUUCAACUUUGCUUGGGGCCUGAUAAAAUCCACCUCCCGCACCGAUCAACAAGAAGGCGUGCGCCUUCUGUCCGAGAUCUUCCGCGCCGCCCCGGAGCGCCGCCGCGAGUGCCUCUACUACCUCGCGCUGGGCAACUACAAGCUGGGCAACUACGGCGAGGCGCGGCGGUACAACGACCUCCUCCUGGAAAAGGAGCCGGCCAACCUGCAAGCGGCCAGCCUGGGGACUCUGAUCGACGAGAAGGUCAGCAAGGAGGGGUUGUUGGGGAUUGCGAUUGUGGGUGGGCUGGCGUUGGCGGCGGGUGUGGUCGGGGGGAUUGUGUUGCGGGGGACGAAGAGGCGGUAA